GCAACAAAAACCCUCCUCCCCCGCUUGGCCCCUAACCCCAACAACUGCCAAUGGCGGCCACGGCGAUGGACCACGACGGCGGCGACGCGGUCACGCCGGGGGAGCUCCUAGGAAACUCGUUAACCCUCGUGGCCGGACGCGGCGCCUACGCUGACGGCCGCUCCGUGCGCGCGUCGGUCACCGGCCGCCGCCGCAUCGUGCCGCCCCCACCCGGCUCCUCCGACCAGAGGUCCACGGUGGAGGUGGUCGGUCACAAGGCGCAUGGAGCCGUCCCGCAGCCGGGAAGCGUCGUCAUUGCCCGUGUAACAAAGGUUAUGGCUAGAAUGGCCUCUGCAGACAUCAUGUGUGUUGAUUCAAAGGCUGUCAAGGAAAAGUUCACUGGCAUGAUAAGGCAGCAAGAUGUUCGUGCAACUGAAAUUGACAAGGUGGAUAUGUACCAGUCAUAUCGGCCCGGGGACAUUGUUAGAGCUAUGGUUCUUUCUCUUGGUGAUGCAAGGGCAUAUUACCUUUCCACUGCGAAGAAUGAACUUGGAGUUGUUUCAGCCCAAAGUGUAGCUGGUGGUACAUUGAUCCCAAUCAGUUGGACAGAGAUGCAAUGUGACUUGACCGGCCAAAUUGAGCAAAGGAAAGUUGCCAAGGUGGAGUAGAUGUGUUGGCUUCUUCUGACAAAGAAUCCCUUUCUUCUCUCAUUACAGGUCAUGAUGGUGGACGAUAGAGGUCGUUGGGCUUGAACUACUGAUUGUGCAAGUUCAAAGUCGUUACCAUUGGAUCGAGAACAUUAGUCUGCACAACUGUGGCUGUAUUUUAGUGGAGGAUUGUUCACCGAUAAUCUUAACGAUAGAGCCUGUAAUGUUAUCCCUAUUGCAUGUAGUUUGUGAGCUAGUGAUGUUGCAGUUGCGCUGACGCUUUAUACACUGGAAGUUUUGGCUGUUGAGAAUUUUUGA